CCCUCCGCCGGUACCGCCCCCGCUCACUCUCUCGGAGGCUCCGAAGCGCGCGAGGCGGCGUGGAGCGGAGCGGUCCCGGCGGAGCCCCCCGGUGCCGUCCCCGGUGCUGCCGAGGAGGGAGCGAUGGGCGCGGGGCGGCUGUGAGGGCUCCGCGAUGGACCCGAGGCGACUGAACGAGUCCCUGCAGGAGCUGCUCUGCCGCCCCGGGAACGGCACCGGCUCCGCCAACGGCACCGGGACCGGCCCCACCUGGAACGGUUCUGCCUGCGACCUCCUCCGCAGGGGCCUCCGGGGGCCGCCGGCUCCCAAAGAGCUGGACCUGACGGUUCGCGUCCUGCUCUACGCGCUGAUCUUCGUGCUGAGCGUCUGCGGGAACGCGCUGGUGGUGGCCGUGCUGCUCCUCAACCGCCGCCUGCGAACCGUCACCAACUCUUUCCUGCUGUCCCUGGCGCUCAGCGACCUGAUGCUGGCGCUGUGCUGCAUGCCCUUCACCCUCAUCCCCAACCUCAUGGGCACCUUCAUCUUCGGAGAGGCCGUGUGCAAGUUGAUGGCCUACCUGAUGGGCGUGUCCGUGUCGGUGUCCACCUUCAGCCUGGUGGCCAUCGCCAUCGAGCGGUACAGCGCCAUCUGCAACCCGCUGCAGUCCCGCGUGUGGCAGACCCGCUCCCACGCGUGCCGGGUGAUCGCCAGCACUUGGCUCUUCUCGGCGCUGCUCAUGUUGCCCUACGCCGUGUACAGCACCACGCGGCUGCUGCCCGUCCCCGGAGCCCGGCCGCCCCUCAGCCAGUGCACCCACGCGUGGCCCAGCGAGCACGUGAGACAGGCGUGGUACGUCCUGCUGCUCCUCGUCCUCUUCUUCAUUCCGGGCGUGGUGAUGAUCGUGGCUUACGGGCUCAUCUCCCGCGAGCUGUACCGAGGGAUCCGCUUCGAGCUGGACAUCAAGGGGGAAGCGGCAGCCCAGCGCGGCUCAGAACCGCUGCCCACCUGCGAUGAAGGGGACGGCUGUUACCUGCAGCUCUCCCGGCCGGGCGGGGCGCUGGAGCUGCGGGCGCUGGGCACGGCGGGGGCUCAACAGGAGCGUGCGCGCAUCAACAGCUCCGAGGCGAAGCUGGUGGCCAAGCGGCGCGUGAUCCGCAUGUUGGUGGUCAUCGUGGCCAUGUUCUUCCUCUGCUGGCUGCCCAUCUUCGCUGCCAACACGUGGCGAGCCUUCGCACCUCGGGCGGCCCAGCGCGCUCUCUCGGGGGCGCCCAUCUCCUUUAUCCACCUGCUGUCCUACACUUCUGCCUGCGUGAACCCCAUCAUAUACUGCUUCAUGAACCGCCGGUUCCGCAGCGCCUUCCUGGGCACCUGCGCCGGCUGCCGCCGCUCCUGCCCCCGCCGAGCGCCCGACGAGGACGCGGCCAACGCCAACGCGUCGCUCUCCAAGUUCAGCUACACCACGGUCAGCAGCCUCGGCCCCCCCUGAGCCCCCCUGAGCCCCCCUGAGCCCUCACCGCCCCCUGGUGCCCCGGCGCAGCCCCGUCGUCAUCCCCCGGCUCCCCGCAUCCUGCGCCCCGGUGCCGCCCCGCACACGGUGCCCGCGGUCUCCCUGUUGCGGUGCCCGUGCGUGGGGGGGGGGGGGGCGAGGAGAUGCGGGACGGGGCCGGCGGUGGCCCCGCACUGCGCUCCCCUUUCCCGUGGGCUGUGGGGCAGGGGGCGGUGGGGCGGAGAGGGGAAACGCCCCCCCGCGGUUUCACCGCUCCCCGCCGCGGGCUCCGGCCGCAAUAAAGCCUUGGUCCGGUGC